CUUAGACAGAUAUAUUUCUAUCAUGCACAAAGUUUAAUCUAUUAAGAUGUUUGCAAAAAACCUAUGACAUCACAUGAGGAUCGAUCAACCUUAAACUCAGCAUUUCGCAAAUUCUAUGGUCGUUACUAUUAUCUAACAAUUUUCAAUUGAACAUAUCAUUGGGUCAAAUGCUGUCUGACGUUUUUCAUACCGAUUGUGAGGCCAUUCUUGGCACACUGAUUUUGACUACGGAUUACUCCCUUUACCUGAUCAAGACAUAGGACUGACGGCGGGUGUGUCCGGUCGACAGAGGAUGCUUACUCCUCCUAGGCAUCUGAUCCCACUUCUGGGAUAUCCAGGGAUCCGUGUUUGCCCAACUCUCUAUAUUGUAUUCCCUUUAGGCGUUAUGAGAUUGAUCACUGUUCGUUAUCUUCACCUUUCAUUAUCCAAGUUUUAUCAUUACAGUGUAGAUGAUUUCUACAUGUAUUGAAUGCAUAUACACGUUUCGAUCAUAGAAAUGCUUAAUGAAAGAAAGACGUGUAGAUGUACAUUCUAUGUUCGUAUCAACGUAUCUCUAAAGUAUCAAAGUACAUUGUAGGUUCUAAACUAAUUAAACCAUAUGAAAGGUUAAAGGCGAUUCUUGGUAAUAACAAAAAGUAAACAUUAUCGGUUAACAUAUCUGUUUUGGAGUUUGGAAAUUAAUAGAGCAAAGUUUUUAAGGCAGGAAACCCUACGAAAACGCUUCUACAACAUCCAAUGGGACAUCAACCAUACUAAUACCAACCACCCUAGCGGCCAAUCAUUUUGAUAAACCAGACCAUGCAAAAACAUACCUGUGAUGGCGAAUCAAUUGAAUUGAUUAGAAGACUUCAGUAUGAAUGCGACAACCCUCGUAAAUACGACAGAGUACAUCAUCCAGAGAAAGCCUGGGUACAUAAUAAACAGCACUACAGUCUUUGCUGUUCUCUUGUCCUUGGGCAUCAUAGCUGGUAAUGGCAUGGUCAUUGGCGCCUGCUGUCAUUUCUUCAAGCAAAACAGCAGCACUAUCAACAUCAUUUUGGCCUUGUCCAUCGCAGACUUUGCUACUGGCGUUGGAAUGGUAAUAAACGUAUUCAUGAGAGUACACGGGGAUAUAUUAUCUCAGAAAUUCCCAUGCAUUCUGUCCUUUGAAAUGUUCUUCACUAUGGCUUUGAUUUCUAUGAAUUUAUUGGCUUGCACGACAUUUGACAGAUUUCUCUCCAUUUGCAAGUAUGAGAAACAUAAGGAAUGGAAUACACAGAAAUCGGUAAAUAUUCAAAUUUGUUGUUCUUAUAUUUGUGGAUUCGCCAUUGGUUUCUUGCCAUUUCUUGGACUAAACCGAUGGGAAAGUGGUAUGAAAUGUGCAUUCAAAGACAUCUACACUUCGGAACUGUAUGUUAUCAAGUCCUCCGCAAUGUUUGUUGGAUUUGGUGUCAGCUUUGUCCUCUACGUCUUCAUUUUACGAAAAGCAUGGCGGGUCCAUAAUGGCAGACAUAUUGAAGUAUUGCAUACUGCAGCUAUGAGACAGCGAAACAACUUCAUAUUGGCAAAACUGGUAGGGAUCAUAACCAUCCUAAAUAGCAUUUGCUGGAUGCCUUAUUCCUUCAUAACCUUGUUAUUUGGGAUCACCAAUCAAGCAAUUGGCGUCACUUACCUGGAGUUUGCGUUCUUACUUCUCGGAUUUGCCAACUCUUUCAUUAAUCCGGUGGUAUACGCCUGGAAUAGACCAGAUUUUCGUGCAGUUUGGCGAAAAUGGUGCCACUGUUGCACAGUUUUUGAUAAUUCCAACACUGUUAUGCCUGCUGUCAUAUUCGUCAGGAGCGCUCCUACCACAUAACAAAAUGUAAAUCAUGUUUUUAUUAUUAUAUAUAUGUGUACAUGUAAUUGUUUGAAUCACAAAAGUGAUUUUCCUUAAGGUACAUAUAAUCUCCUCUCAUUUUCUGAUAUAUCUUGGUGCACGGAAACACAAAAAUGAAAUUCAAGACCCCGGUCCUCUUAGAACUUUAGGGAAAGGAAAACAGCAUCCCUAAAUAAUAAUCAAUUAAAAUUAAUUUGUAAGUCCAACUGACAAACUAUGUGAAUUAUUAUAAUGGAAUAUGCGUCCCGUAACAAAAUUUUGAAUUUCAUAGUCCCUGGGUAUAAGAUUGAGGUCAAAGGAACCGACUACGCUAAGACAUUUGAAAAAUAUUGAAAUACAGAUCAAUAAAUCGAUUUUUUUUUUCAUGAGUAUAGUGUUUGAUGGCUCAUGACUAGGCUAAGAUGCUAAAUAUUUUAAUGCAUAGAUACUAACAUAUUUAUUGUAUUUUUCACGGGAGCCUAAUGGUAAGGACGCUCGUUGUACAACCUCUCGAAAGGACCGUGUUCGAUUCUCGAUCCAGACAUCACGUCAUACCUAAGGCACAGUUGUCAUGGAUACGUGGCCAGUUUGUAUGAUGUUUGUGUUCUCAAACUUCUGUUGAUUUAUUUUGAACUUGAGCCAAACGGAGCCUAACUAUCAUCAAAUAGAGAAUUAUAAGUUUCAUUUCUUAAAAUCAAAUAGAAAAUGUUUUUUAAACAUAUGUAUAAGCGUAUUCGAAAUUUAUAUCAUAAAAACUAUAAUGAUAAUUAUAACACCAAGUCUAAAUUAUUGCAUGUAUAUCAAAUUAGUAUCGACAUUUGAAACAUAUCUUUACAAUCUACACUGUAAUGUACAAAAUCAUUGCAUUAGGCUUUCAAAAUAUCAGAAAUUUAUAUUGACUGUCAAUGAAAAUUUUAUCUUUGUAUGUAUUUUGUGUCAAUGUUCUUCAUUAUUUGAAUUAUUGAUUUAUCGGUUAUUUUUGUUGUACUAGUUAUCGUCAGAGAGGGCGGCUUUGAUUCGUACCCGGGUUUGAACUUGAGCUACACAAGUUGAAAUUGAACGUAGAGAGUUUCAACUCUUAUGACGUAUUGUGGCAUCUGAACUCUACCCAAAACUAACUCCGCCUUCUACAAGGGUUAGUGUGGUAGCAAUAUGGCAGUCUUGUAAUGAUAUUGCGCAUGUGUCAGUUUUUAAACGAUGAAUGUAUUAUACAUGGGUGUUAAAAAGAACAUUGGAAUUGUUACCCUUCUCUGAAAGUAUGCACUUGGAUACGAACCGGUCUCCCUCUGUGAUAUCGUUGUGGAUGUUACUAUAAUUAGCUGUGUACAUGAAUUAAACAAGUUUUCGAACAUGGUCAGUUUGACGUGGUAUUCAUUCUGGACGCAGAAAUGUUGGAAUAUACGCAUGCUGAGUGCUCCUGGAAUAUGUAGUUACCCAUGAUGAGUGAUUUGGGUAUAGUUUGUAAAACUUAUACGGUACCAAUUCUGAUGCACCAGACGCGCAUUUCGACAAAUAAUGUCUCUUCAGUGAUGCUUAAGCCGAAACACUGGAAAUCCGAAACAACAAUAAACUUGUAAGAACUAAAAAGAAAAACAGAUUUGUGUCUUUCCAUGCUGGGUGUUCUUGGGAAGCAAGUGUGCUUUUUUAGUGGCGUUGUGAGGCAGGACUUAGUGCACACUUGUAUUCAUAGUCUGUUUACAUUAGGUAAAUAUGCCACAGCUUAUGAUAUUUUUGAAAGUUUAAGAGACAGCAAUUUUAUUUAUUUCAUUGUAUACAGUGUAUGUUUGUUGUAUGAACAAAUGAAGAUAAAGAAAAGUGAACAAUCUCACAGAUCCUAUGAAUAAUACAAAAAAGAAGGACAAACACGGAUCUCUGGACAUACCAGAGGUGAAAUUAAGCGUAUAGGAGGAAUAUGCAUCCCCUGUCGACCGGUCACACCCGCCAUGAACCCUAUAUCUU